AUUUGCCAAUCAUGUGCUGCCCUGCCUCUCUGCCUCUCUAAACAUUCCUGCCGUCAUAGUCUGAGUUCAGUUUAUUUGGGCUGGGCGGUUUCCCGCCUCCCCCCUUCUGACGUGAGUGGUAAGGUCCCGCAGCACAGGCUGUACCUGCAGGGGGCGUGGAGACAGCCAUAAGUUAGUCGCUUGUAGGUGUGGACAGUGUGAAGGCUCUGCAGUGCUAGUUGAAACGAGACAUCAAGAUGGUCCUGGAUUUCCGUGAAAGUUUUUCUCUGCAGAGAGAUGUCAUGCCUUGGGUUCUGGUCCUGGAAGCACCUGAAAUUGCAAAGGGGAACUCAAGGACUCUCCGGAUAGUGAAUGUUGAGCGAAAUGGAAGAGUUCUAUUUACUUGGAAGGGUGCUGAUGGUUUUACCAACAUUGGUUUGUAUGAUCCUGAUUUAAGACAAAAUGAGAUGCUUUAUUCAUUUGACAAAGAUCUACUUAUUAUAAGCUGUUCAGUGAACUAUGAAAAAAGUCUGCUUGCAUUAAGUUACUAUAAUUCAAUCAAAGAAGCUCAAUAUGAGCCACUUAGAACAGUUUCCAAAUACUUGGCAUUACUAAUUGAAAUCAAACCAAUCAACAAUGUCAGAGUUCUAAAAGCUGUAGACUGUGACAUUAGAGUACAGUUCUUAUAUCCAACUGAAGAGGUUUGUCCAUUUCCUGAAAGUCAUCUUUUGCUGGUUUCAAAAGAGAAGUAUAUUGAACAGUUCCAUAUAAUACUUACGGUUGAAGGUGACAAUAGUGUGGUUAUUAAAAAGUCCAACCAGCUUCCAAGGGACAGAAUAGCAGAAGAUUUUGUAUGGGUUCAGUGGGAUAUGUUAGAUCAGAGACUUUUUUACAUCAUUCCUAAGCAUUCAAGUUGUGUCCUGCAUUGUAUCCAGUUUUAUCAUGAAGAUCAUUUCAAAAUAAUUUUUGAAGUUUCUCUUGAGUUAAUUUUUACUAACCAAGCAAUACGUUUGAUCAAUUUGGGAUAUGACCCUAAUGAAGUGAAAGAGCAAGGAAGUUCUACAUCUGUAAACUUACAGGUGUUUACAGAUAAAACAGGAGGCCUAUGCUUGUUUUAUCUCCAGCCUUUCAAAGAUGCAAAGGAGGUGAAAUACAUGGUUGUCUUUUUACACAGAGGUUGUAGUAAGACCUUUAAAGUUGCAUUAUCAGUUAAAGAGAUGAAACAGCUAAAGAGAAUUUCUUUUAUAAAUCUUGAUGGUUAUGUUGUUGUUUACUUGCCUGACCAUUUUUUGCAUUUGAUAAACACGAAGCAUCCUGAUAUGAUGUGCUACCACUUGUUUUUGACAGAUGCUGAGGCUAGAAUAAAGGAGAUAUGCUGUGAUUGUCCUGUGCAGUCUGUUCUUAUUUCCUCAGUCAUUGAGUACAGCAAGGGAAUUCUCUUCUCAGUCAGCCUAAACCACUUGCUUCUUCUGAGAUUUCUGUGGACUUGUAAAAGGGAUUGUGAAAGGCUUGCAGUACUUCACUGUUUUCUUUUGCACCUGGAUCAGAAGACACUAUGGGAAACCGAGAUUAUUGAGUGGAUAUGUGAAAACCUCUCAGUAUGCCAAAUGUUUGAUCCCAUACAGGAGUUUAUCAUUGCUUCUUUAUACAGAAGAAUGAGUCUGGAAACUACUUAUCUAGAUAAGCUACUGCCUUAUACCUCACUGCCUUUUUGGAACCAGGAAAUUGAUGGUGUGUCAUGGUCAUCAGACAUCACAGAUAUGCCAAUAUUAAAGAUUGGAAUGUUUAAAGGAUUCUGGGAGAAGUUCCACUCUGAGCUGGAUUAUAUGAAACAUGCUCAUCACAGUAACCCCAUGCAUCGAAGAGAUUGGUGUAAACAGAUUGCUGAUGUGGACACACAGUGGAGGAAUAUUAUUUAUCAGCGCAACAUUUCAGAAAAUGCAAAGAAAGUCAUUUUAAACAUGGAAACAUGGACAUCAGAUCAGGGGAUUGUGCCACUUCAUCUGGAAGAGGAUUAUCUGCAGAAAGACCUCACAUGGCUGAUGACAAUUAAAUUAAAAGAUCACCUGUCACAGCAUUUGCUUCAUGUUGGAAAAAAUAACAUUGAUAAGAUUGUUCUGGAUUACAUCUCAAAGCAGUUAGACUUGAUAUGCCUGGUACUGGAGGUUGUGUGGAAAAAAUAUAACUUGGAUCUUGGCGCAUUCUCUUUCAAUUCAAGAGGAUGUUCUUCAGACUAUUUUGCUUUUCACAUGAUGUGCCGCAUUUCAGAAGCUGCAAUCAAAUUGGCCAUGCCUCUUCCACCUGGAUUCCAGACGCUGCAGUUGGUGUUGGGAGUUCGAUGCCUCCCUCUAGGAAACUUGCUGCAUUAUAUAGAUGCUGGAGUCCUACAGCUGACUGAAGCUUUUGCUGUCAAACUUAUGAAAGAACUGGAUGACAAUGAAAGCAAUGAAAAGUUAAAAUACAGCAUUAUUAUACGUCUUCCUGAGCGAAUUUGCCAAAAUAUUCAUCACUUAUGGGAUCACGCCAUGAGUAAUAACUGCAUCGCCAAGAAGUACGUAAAACAAUUACUGUGCAAGAUCAGAAAAAGGGAGUGUCGGCUUUCAGGACAAGAAGCCUGUAGUCAGUCAGCAUUGUACAUUAACUUCUUGCCACUUAACUAUCUAAUCAAGAUGCUGUCAGCGAUAGAAGAACAAGCAUUAAAUCCCUUUGAAGAAGAUAACAAAGAUGCUGCAUAUCUGCAGGAAAUCGCCUUAAAACAGACGUCUGUUCUUCUUGGAUUACACAAAUGCUAGCGAUUGGGUGUUUUUUAUUUUCAGUAUUUUUAUAUAGUACACUAUAAGGCAUUCAGUGAAAGUACUAGCACUUAUCUAGGCAGAUUUGUAUUGGACAAUACUCAGGAAUGAAUAAGAGGGCAGACAUGCACACAAUUCCAUCUUGUGUAAUCUAUCAUUAGCCUUACUCUCGUUCUUCUUUUUUAACUGAAAUAGUAUACAUGUGUUAACUAGGAGUGGAGCAUUCAGUAUAACUCCGAUGUGGGCAAAAGAGUGCAGCUUUGUACUUUGCUAGUUUGUUGGUAGUUGCCAGCAUUGAGAGAAAACAGGGAUGAAAACAUAAGUAACUCAGGGUUAUCAAAGUAAAUCUUGCAUCCAUUUCUUUUCCUCACCUGAGUCCAA